UCACAAAACCAUGCACAUACCAUCUCAAAAAAAAAAGGGACAAAAAAAGGAAACAUUCUCAAAUUCUCAUUGACUCAACAAAAUCUAUCUCAAAAACUGGAAACAAAGGUUAUUAAGAUUUUUUUUUUUUAUAUAAUGUUCUUCUUGUCCUUGAUCUUCUCUUCUAAGAAUAAAGUGUGGAUCGUAAGCGCUAAUCAACUAUUUCAAAAGCACGUGCUGAUAGGAAAGACACGCUUAUUGUAUUUAAGGGCUCAACCAUAGUGCUCGCGAGUUUCGACCUGACUCAACCUACCUGGACGUUGGGUCUAUUGCUGGACCUCUUACCGUUAGAUCUCUUGUGGAUCACAACCCCACUCAACUUAUUAGUCUCCUAAACCUAUUGUUACGAGACGAAAGUUUGACCCAUUUUAACCUAAUAAUAAAGAGCGAACAUAAAGUACACAAAAUGACCCUCUUAGUUUUUUGGUUUCUUAAUGUGAAAAAGUGGCUCUGUGAUUUUAUACUGGUUGUUGAGAUGGGAUCAAAGAGGCAGCUAAAUCAGAUGGUUGUGGUGCUUCUUCUCUCCUUCACAGAAGUUUUAAGUUGUGUGCUUGGAGAAGCUGGAGAUUCUCUCUCACUAGGCUCCCAAUUUGGACCAGACAAGAUUCUGAUGGAAAUGGAAAAUGAUUCGGAAUCAGCGAAUAGUUUGCUUAUUAGAACACAGAGAGUUGAUCCUUUGGAUGAUUUCAAGAAGUACAGAGGAGGAUAUAACAUUACCAACAAGCACUACUGGAGUUCUACAAUAUUUACCGGAAGAAUUGGAUACAUUAUUGCAGCACUGUGGUUUGUUGGAGGUAUUACUUUCUCUGGAUUUCUACUUGUUACAAGAAUUUGCUUCAGAAGGAAAAGAAAACAGAAUGAGAGAGCCUCUCGCUCCGAAAGAGACUUCCUUUGGCCCAUUAUUUUGGGCCUUUUCUUCACAUUCAUAGUCAUAGUAGCAUCGGGAGUUAUAAUCGGCAGCAGCUCUAAGUUCCAUUUGCAAGCCCGAUCAAUUAAAAACAUCAUAACGAGAACCGCAGAGGAAGCAUCGACAACGAUAUACAAUGUAACAGAAGCUGUAGCUGCCAUGCAGAAUAUAACAGAGCUAUUCGGUGGCCGUAACGGAUCUGACCUGUUGAACUCCAACGUAGAGAGUCUUAGCAUUCAAGCCUCAAAUAUACAGGCGAAAGCCGAAAGCAGCAUGCAUCUGGUCAAUAAGGGGAUCAACACACUGGAAGUAAUCUCCAUCAUAACCGUCACGCUUAACAUGAUUGUUGUUCUCGCUUUGUUGGCAGCAAGGACUGUAAAGCUACAAAAUUUAUCCUCCUUGCUUAUAAUUGUUUGCUGGCUAUCGACAUUCCUCCUCUGGGCAUAUUUCGGGUUGUAUUUCUUCCUCUAUGAGUUUUCCAGCGACACCUGUGCAGCUCUUGACGAGUAUCAGUUAAAUGCGGAAAACAGCACCUUAAGCUCGAUCCUCCCAUGUCGUGAGCGGUUUUCAGCUGAUACGGUUCUACAAGACGUUGGAGAAGAGAUCCAUGAUACAAUUGACCAGGUGAAUGAACAUAUAUUAUCCUUAGGAUCCUCUUUUCUGUCAGAAAUAGCAUAUGUAUGCAAUCCUUUCUCAGGAGCACCUGAUAAUUAUACCUAUCAGCCAGAAAACUGUUCUUCCAACACAACCAAGAUAGGAGAUAUUCCCCAGGUUUUGAAGAGAUAUGCCUGCUCGAACAGAGACAGCGAAACAUGUAACCAAAGAGAAUUUAUUUCAGCUAGCGACUACCACAAGGUUCUAAUCUACACAAAUUUGAUUCAAAAUAUACUCAAUGUUUACCCCGGAAUGGAGAGAUUGGUUAAUUGCCAAACGGUGAAAGAAGCAUUCUCAGAGAUCCUUUCCGAUCACUGUAAACCAUGGAAGAAGUAUGCGCGCAUCACAUGGGGCGCAUUGGCAUGCUUAUCAACAGUAAUGGUGGUAUUAGUUCUUGUAUGGACAAUUGAAGCCCUUUAUGAAUACAAAUCUCAUUUUUCUGAUUGGUCCAUAAAACCACAUUCAUCAUUGGCAGAAGCAUCAGAAAUCGAUGCAGAUGAAAUGGAUCCAGCAAAACUGAAACUUGAGGGUGAACCUUAGAAAGGAAGUACCAUCACAUAUAGAAUACAACUGAAAAAGAGUAAACUUUUCCCCCCUAACUAUGGGUUCGAGAUGAGGUUCCGAAGGAGACCGUCCACCCUUUCGCAUUCUUUCGUCGUGCUCUGUAGUGGCCCAUAAGAUCCAGUUGAAUAUUUUUCAUAUAUACAUAUACCUUGACUUGAAUUCUUUGUUUCUGCAAGUGAAUAUAAGGAAGAAGAGAUAUACGCAAUGAAACAUUUUAAGACCGAGAAGACACCUGCGCCACAUUACACUAUGCAACAUUUUAAGACUCUUCUAUAGAAAGCAAUGAUCAGACAAAGAAAAUUUUCAGCACUCCACAUGUGCACAGAAGUAUGUAUAUUCUAAUAUCACUAACAUUUUCCAGUAAUUUCACAGAGCUUGCCUCUAUUCAGGUAGCACUGUUUCCUUUCGGAAUUGCCGUAAGAAACAACACUGAAUCACUGAUGAACAAGUUGAAAGGGAAAACAAUAGAAAUAACUACAUACUGCGUUAGCGAGAAUUUCCAUGAAUUGCAAUAUGUAUGCCGACUAGAACAUUAAAAAAUAAUAGUAAUAAUAAUAAAGAUACAGACUAACAUUCUCCUUUUUUUCACCUUAUUGACCAACUGAAGAAAGAGAUUAAAAACAACCUGAAAUACUAUAUAAGAUGGAACAGUGUACAAAUGCUGGAGAGAUUACUUAAACUUACUCUUUAUUGUUCAGCAUUACAGCAUACGCUCUCGGGCAAUAAACUCUAGGCCAUCAUUUCCCAGCAUACUAUAUAUUGUCAAUCUUCAAUGCAUGGAAUAAACUCAAACUUUGAAACUUUG